AAUUAAAUUUAAGAAGAAUUUAAAAAUUAUCGAGACUAACGAAAAAUAAAUAAAAGGUAGUGCUUGUGGAUAUAUAAAGGAACCAGCUAUAUACACACAUAUCUAAUAAACCGCUUAAAAUAAUAAUUUAUAAGUGUACCAUUAUUAAAGAAACGGACGUGUCGUGUAGCUAUAAAAGAAAUUAAAAAAGAAAGCAAAGCUGAAUAGUGAAUCAAAGUUUUUUUUUUUAUAAGUGUGAGAAUAUAUAAAAAGUAUAGCACAAUGAAAAUGAAAUUAGGCAUUACUUGGUGUUAUUUAUUAUUCAUGUUAAUUAAUCACAAAAAUAGUUAUUAUGUUAGUGCAAAGAGUGUAGAGACACAAAAUCUCGCCAGCUGUCAAGAGCAUGUUGGUGAAUUUUUCAAGUCCUUCCUCAACAUCACAAUCGAGCCGUCUGAGAAAGUCGGUGAUAUUUGUGGUGGUCAUUGUUGUUCAUCACAAACUGAAGUUGACGUACUGAAAAAGUCUAUCAAAACAUUUGAGGGACUAAUUAAGCAUCAACUUAAAAACCUUAAAGGUUUAUGGGAAUCAACUUAUAAAGUUUAUAAAGAUCAUGUGUUGGACUUGUCACGUCAGUCAGAAAACAAAACGCUUAUUUUAUUUUCGACAGUAUAUAGGCGAAUGUCGCCACUUUCGCGUACACCAAUAUUGGAGCUGUACAAAAGUAUACGAAGCUACAUUUCAUCACAUAAGCCAUUGAGCCACGAUAGCGGCGGUAAUGAUGAACUCGAAGCUGUUAUCGAAAAGUUCUUUCGAAAUCUUUUUCCACUUGCAUAUCAUCAUGCUGUUCAUUCUCAAAAUGUCGUACCAUCAAUACCGGGAAGCAGCGGUGGUGAGGAGGAAGCAGCAAUAUCAUCAACAGCAACAUCUCCCGAUAUGGCACCACGAGACUUUCAUAUAGAUUAUAAAAAUUGUUUAACAAGUUCUUAUGAGAUUCUUCGGCCGUUUGGCGAUAUUCCUGACAGUAUAAGUAGAUCAUUAGUACAAAGUGUUAGUUCAGCAAGUGUAUUGUUGAGAGCACUUCAACGAGGCACUGAAGUGCUGAGUGAAAUUGAAAACUUACCAAUUGAAUCUUCAUUGAGUAUGAAAUGUCAGCAUGCACUUUUAAAGAUGAACUAUUGUUCUGCCUGUAAGGGACACAACUAUCAUCAUUUAAAACCAUGCUACGGUUAUUGCUCCAAUGUUAUGAGAGGUUGUCUAACACAACUCAUGGGUGGCAUAGAUACUGAUUGGGCAUCUUUUUCGGAAGCCAUUGAACGCUUAAUGACACUGGUCAGAAAUAAGGACGGCAUCGAGUCAGUUAUUAAGAAUCUUGAUGGAAAACUAUCAGAAGCUAUUAUGCAUGCGAUGACCAACGGACCGGAUUUGGAGAAAAAGGUUCAUAAAUCAUGUGGACAACCGUCAAUACGACAUACUGACAAGAUGACAUCGUCACAAGAGCGACUAGAUGAGAACAGUGAGAGAGCACCGUCAUUAGAGGGAAAACAAGGUCAUCAUAGUGGAAAUGGAAAUAAAUGGUCACCUCCACCCGAUACAGAAAUGCUGCAAUUUUUAGCACUUUUAGAUCGAUCAAAGUCAUUUUCUUUGCAAAUUGCAAACAGCUAUUGCGAGGAUGAUCGUUAUCAGAAGCAAGAUAAAAAUUGUUGGACUGGUGAACAUUUGGGCGAUUAUACCCACAAAGUCAUGGAUAUGCAUUCACAAAAGUACAAUCCAGAAGUGCCAACGCUGCAAAGCGAUAUCGAGAACAACCACAGCAGACUCCAUAAAAUUAAUGAUCAGCUAAUCACGAUGAAAAAUAUUGUGAAUAAGCAGAUGACUCAUUUGUCAAGAUCAGACACUGAUAAGAUGUUCUCUGACAUGGCCGAGCACGGAUCGGCAGAUGACGAUGAAUAUCAUCAGCACCAAUAUGAUGACGAUGAAGACUACGAAGAAAUGUCCGGAUCUGGAGAUUAUCAAGAUCCAAAUCCACAAACACCAAAAGUCCUCAUCGACGAUGCAACUAUACCAGCAACAAAUCCAAAGACUACUCCAGCCGGCAGCAGUGCAACCAGGCUGAGAAUCUCGUUUAUGUUAUCAAAUCUAGUUUUAUCCUCAUUCAUUGUGAUUUUGUUUAACAAAUAUUAAGAAAAAAAAAGAAUGAAAAAAAAAGUGAAAUGGAAGAAGAAAUUUUUUUUAAAAAAAAACGCAAAAUUAUGUUGUUGAACGUUGCUACAGAUUAAAUAUACUAUGAUAAUUGAUGAGAUAAUUAUGAAGUGGAAUGAAAUCAAAGAAGGAACGGAUCGAGAGAGAGAGAGAAGCCUUACGAAUUAAUUUUCUUCAUCCUAAACUUUUAUUUUCUAUUGCUGAUGUUGCUGUUGCUAAAUGAAAUAAAAUUUCCUUUGGACUGAGUGAAUGUUGGGUGUGAGACAGCGAGAAAGGUUAUGAGAGCUUUACAAGAGGAUGAAAUGAAGGAGGUAAACUGAUUAUUGUUUUAUAUCAUAAACGAGCAAUUUCUUCUUUCACUCACAAGUGAUGAUGAAACAUGAAAAAUGUUAAAAACUGAUUACUUUCUUAAUUACCUGCCAAAAUGCUUUAUGAAAUUGAAAAAGUAAGUCGUACGAGAGAAAGAAAGAUAGAUAUAAAAGAGGAUUAUUUAUCAUUAACGAAAAUAUAUUGAAAUACGCAAGUCAGCAUCAAACGAAAUCUGUUCAUUUUACUUUUAUGUACAAAAAAAAACUACACAACUAGGAAUAAGAAAUUAUUUAAAAGGUGAGACAACAUCCAUACACAAAGCAAAAAGUCAUUCGAAUGUAUUUUAUAUGAAACUAAUUAAAUUAAUUUACGAUCAUGAAUGAAAAAAAUAUAUUAUAUCGCCAUAAUAAUUAAUAGCUCAACAAUCAAUAGAUUAAUUAAAAUCAAUACUAAUUUACCAUAUAAAGAAAAGAGAAUUGCUACUGCUUAAUUGAAAUCCAUGAACCGCUAAUUACAAGUAAUUUAAGUCAGUAAAUCUUAUAAAUUUAAAUUUAUAGAAAAGAGAAGUACCGUCAAAGUUAAGUAACAUUUAUAAAAACUCACGAAAAACAGAUCAUUUUUUAUUUGUUUUCUACACUUUUUCUCCUUCGCGGGGCAUCU